UAAUUUAUGCGUUUGUAAUCACAAAUCUUUUUACCCAUUGACUGCUGCACGUGGCAAUGUAAAUAAAAACUAGAAUGUCAAUUGGGCAGUGUACAAAAGUUUGACAGAAGAGUGAGAGUUCUACCCCAUCCCCACAGAGUUGUAUCGCAAAUUAUUUUGUUGUUGGGCAAGUGACUAUACCUUCAUAAUUCUACUUGAUUACAAUUUCGAAUGCUGAGGACGUUAGCUACCGUUUUGUCAGCCACAAGGAACUCACUAUCGUCGUAUCACCAAAUCCAUACUGAAAUGUCCAAGACAGCUCUGGUAAUUUUGGCUACUGGCGCCGAGGAAAUGGAGUUUGUAAUAGCUGCUGAUGUCUUGCGGAGAGCGGGGAUUUCUGUUACAGUCGCUGGAUUAACCGGCGCAGAACCGGUGAAAUGUUCAAGGGAUGUUGUAAUUGUUCCAGACAUGUCAUUGGAAAACGCCAAAACAAAUAAAUAUGAUGUUGUUAUCUUACCUGGCGGAUUAGGUGGUUCGAAAUCUUUGGCCGAAUCUUCCUUGGUGGGGGAGAUACUAAAGCAACAAGAACAAGAAAAUCGAAUUAUUGCUGCAAUUUGUGCGGCUCCAGCAUUUGCAUUGCCUGCUUUCGGCAUAGGCAAAGGAAAAUCAUUGACUUCUUAUCCAUCAUUUAAAUCACAGUUGGAAUCGGAAUACAAGUAUGUCGACGACCAGAAGGUAGUUCAAGAUGGAAACCUAAUAACCAGCCGAGGCCCCGGCACUGCUUUCGAUUUUGGUCUUAAAAUUGCAGAAGUUUUGGCAGGUCCCGAAAAGGCAUCUGAAGUAGCCAAAGGAAUGUUGCUUUAAAAUAUUUUUGAAUAAAUGACUGAAUAAAAUUAAA